AUGUAUAGCUUUAAACACUGGCUGGUCAUCGUGACUAUUUCAGUUUGUUUUGUAGAAUCAACGGAAGAUGAAGUAUUAUUGUUAUACGAUGGCUGAUCGUUCGAAAUUGAUCGUUGUCGCGUUAAUGGCUUUAAUUGCCAUUACGACGAGUGUGCAACCAGUGCAUAGUGCAAAUAUAUUAGGUGUUUUCCUCAGCCCCAGCCCCUCUCACUUAAUUGUGCACAUGUCAAUUAUGAAAACAUUGGCGGAGCAAGGCCACAAUGUGACAGUUGUUUCCGGACAAAAGCCAAAAGUAACUCAUGAAAAAAUACACAAUAUAAUUAUUGAACCAUCAGAGGAGCAUCAACGCGAAAUGGAACAGGAAUUAUCCGCUAUGGGUGUGAAAAAACAAAAUGUGGUUGUAAUGCUGAUGAAAUUUCUAAUGGCCAAUAAUGUUUUAACCAAAAUGCAAUAUGAUGCACUCAGAAAUGAACGUUUCCAGUCGAUCUAUGAAUCCAAAUUUGAUUUGGUCAUAUUGGGUUACUUUGUUAACAACUUUAAAUUUAUUGUACCCGCUAAACUGAAUUGUCCGGUGAUAAUCAGUUGGACAGGUCCACCGAUGGAGAUGGUUAAUGGGUUCGUGGGCGUGCCGCCCGAAAUGACUUACGUACCGUCUACAUUUACGCCAUACAAAAAUGGCGAAUUGUUGAGCUUUGGCUUGCGUAUGUUUAAUACGUUCACAAGCUAUGCAAUGCGUUUACUUGUCGUGAUCAUGGAUAUCAGCUUGAAUUCAUAUUAUAAGACAUUGGCUGAAGGCGAUCCGACAAUCCGUUCAUAUUCACAGAUGUUGGCAAAUGUUUCGCUUGUAUUUUGCAACAGUCAUUUUAGUGAAGGACCUAUACGGCCAUUGGUACCAGGAUUGGUAGAGAUCGGUGGCAUACAAAUCAAGGAGAAGCCCGAUCCUUUGCCAAAGGAACUUGAGAAGUUUUUGAACGCCUCCAACAAGAAUGGCGCCAUACUCUUCAGCUUGGGUUCGAAUAUGAAAGGUUCCAACAUACAACCAGCCACGGUUCAGAUACUUUUCAAAGUACUCUCCUCACUUGAACAAAAUGUGAUUUGGAAAUGGGAAGAUUUGGCAAACACCCCAGGUAAUGCCUCGAAUAUAUUCUAUCAAAAAUGGUUGCCACAAGACGACAUACUCGCCCAUCCCAAUCUCAAAUUAUUCAUCACGCACGCCGGUAAGGGCGGAAUGGUGGAGGCCACUUACCAUGGUGUACCAAUGGUUGCCAUGCCAAUAUUUGCUGAACAACCCGUAAAUGCGGCCAAAAUAGUCUCUUCCGGUUAUGGCAUAAAGGUGGAUAUUUUGAAUUUGAAAGAAGAUGAUUUUAGGGCUGCCAUCUUGGAGGUGCUGAACAAUCCAGUGUAUCGGUAUAAUGUACGAAAAUUUGCGAAACUUUAUCGCGAUCGCCCGUUGAGUGCUCGAGAGAGCGUUGUUUACUGGGUGGAGUACGUGCUGCGUCAUCAUGGUGCUGCUCACAUGCAAAGUCCACUGGUGCGCAUGAAUUUUAUACAAUCCAGUGGUUUGGAUGUCUUUUUUGUUUAUUUUGCGAUAUUAUAUGCGCUUUGGCGAUUGGGGAAGUUGGCUCUUGCGAAUUUAUGUAAACUAAUUCGCAAAGUGAGGGGAAGUUUUAAGUCAAAGCGGGAAAAAUUGAAAAAGCAAUAAUUUAACCAAGGCGCCUUGGAGUGAGUGAAAAAGAAUUAUUGUUGUUGAACUAUAUUCCGAAUAAAAUUCAACGUUUUUCACGUUUUUUUGAAUUUUUA